UUCUUCCCUCACUCCUCCCUCCUUCCUUCCUUCCUUCCUUCCUUCCCUUCUCUUCAUCCAUUUUGAUUCUUUGACCCCUUCCUUAUUUAAAGAGAGAAACAAUGGGAAGCUCCAUCGAUUGACUUCUUAGCUUUCCAAAAACAGAGAUGGAUGAUCGUUCCGUGUUCUCAAGCUUACCCAGUGGGCGUGAAUCACCACCACAAUCCCCGGCCAAUAUCGCCGGUGACCUGAGACCUUAACCCUCCGAUUCAAGACCUGCAACGACGACGAGUUCUGUGCCUAACAACCCCGGGUGCUGAAGUUGCAGAUUUCUUUCCGAUAAACGCGGAUGAAACGCGGCGUGUGAAGUACAAACGCGUAUUGUACUAUGUCUUCACCUAGUUCAUCUCCUGCUUCUGCUUCUCCUUCUCCUUUAAGAGUUUCUCACUGAGAAGAUAAGGAAUUCAUGGCCUAUUUGCUUUCUCUUAGUAGUAAAGCAACCAUGUUUUUGCUAAUGUGUAAAGCCGCAGAAAAACUUACAAGAGAUUACUUUUAUUCUUCUGAUGCCACUGUUGUCAAUCCUUUGUCUACUGCUUCUCCUGUUGCUACUACUCCCGUUGUUGUCCCUGAUCGUGUUUCUUCUACUGAGAAUGCGCCUGUUACUGUGGAGACUCAAGAGGAAGUUGGGUUAGAAGAUUAUAACAAAGAUGAUGGGGAAGAAGACGAUGAUGACUCUAAGGAGGAUAACGUCGAAAGGGAUUCUUUAGUCAGGGAGGUAAGACCUAGAAAAAUUGUCAAUCCCCGGAGAUCCAAUGGUGCCGAUUGCUCCUUUAACCUUCGAACUAGAACUUCACGCGAUGGAGCAAAUUGCAGGUCCAAUCAUCCUGCUAGAAAGGAAAACCAGUCUUUUGUGUCUGCACAGAGAUCGGAUUCGCCGGAAUCUUCGGAGGUUAUUAAAGAAAAGGAGAAGGAACGCUUUUCAGAGAGAAAGGGGCAGCAAGAAUGCAAGUAUUACCUGCGGCCAGGAGGAUGUAAGUUCGGAAACGCUUGUAGAUACAGUCACUCACGGAAAAAACCAUUGUUACCACCACCUUUGUCUGAACCACCACUAGAUUUUAACUUUCUCGACUUGCCAAUUAGACCGGGGGAAAGUGAGUGCCCAGAGUAUAUGCGUGAUGGUUUCUGCAAGUUUGGACGCAACUGCAGGUUUCAUCAUCCUGAUCCUACUGCUGUCGAAGAAGACUAUAUUCCUUCUGGUUCUGUCUCAUUACAUCCAUCAUGUGUAUUACAAUCAGCUUCUACAUCUUGGUCUUACCCACCGAAUGAGACUGUUCCUGACCUAGAUGCUCAAUAUGCAUCAAUGACACUUCCACUCCAAGGGCUGCAUCCAAAUCCCAAGAGUGGAUAUCAGGCCAAGGCUAAUAAUGGGGAGGGUCCAGAGCUUUUACGAAGUGCGCAUGAUGGUGGCAUUGCCAUUGGAGGAGGUGAUAUUCCUUAUAAUUCUGCAUCAUUACAUCUUUCAGGUGCAUCACAACCGGCUCCCACAUCUUGGUCUUACCCAUCGAAUGAGAUUGUUUCUAACUUAGAUGCUUCAAAUCCUUAUGCAUCAAUGGCACUUCCACCUCAAGGGCUGCAUCCAAAUCCCAAGUGGGACGGAUAUCAGGCCAAGGCUAAUUAUGGAGAGCGUCCAGAGCUUUUACGAAGUGCGCGUGAUGAAAGUAUUGUUGUUGGAGGAAUUGAUAUUCCUCUUGGUUCUGUCUCAUUACAUCUUUUAGGUGCAUCACAACCGGCUUCAACAUCUUGGUCUUCUCCACCGAAUGAGACAUUUCCUUUCGUAGAUGCUCCCAAUCCUUAUGUACCAAUUAUGAUGCAUCCAAAUCAUGGAUGGAAUGGAUAUCAGGCUAACUUAAAACAUAACGGAAUACAGCCGUUGCUUGCAGAAAAUCCCAAUUUAUCCGGUUGGAGCAUGCCAAAGACUCACCCUGCUGUGAAUGGCACCUGCACGAAGGGUGCAAAGAAAACCAAAAUUGUGCAUUCUCUGUGGUGUGAAAUCUGCAAGAUUUCAUGCCCCAACAAGGAUGGGUUGGACCAACACAAAUUGGGGAAGAAGCACAAGAACAACGUGGAGAAACUUGAAGAAUCAAAGAAAGAAGCCAGUAUCCCAGCUGCCGCGGCGGCACCAGCAGCAAAGGGUCCUGUGAUUGGUCCAAAGGAAAGCCCAGGAGUUGAUGAGGGCAAGACUGUUUUGCAGUCUGCUAGGUGUGAAAUGUGCAAGACUGACUGUAGCAGCGAGGAUGUCUUGGUCCAACCGGAAGAAUCAAGAUCAAGGAAAGAAGCCAGUGUCCCAGAUGCUACAGUGGCCCCUGCAGCAACGGGUCACAUGCUUGGUCCUAGAGAAAGCCCAAUAGCUGACAAGGGCAAUUCUGUACUACAGUCUUCACGACAUGAAAUUUGCAAGAUCGACUGUAGCAGCAAGGAUGUCUCAGACCAACACAAGCUGGAAAAUAAGCACAAGAAGAACCUUGAAAAACUAGAAGAAUCAAAGAAAGAAGUCAGUGCCCCAGCUGCUACAGCGGCCCUAGCAGCAAUGGAUCCGUUGAUUGGUCCAAAGGAAAGCUCAGCAGCCGACGAAGGCAAGACUGUUGUGCAGUCUGUGUGGUGUGAAAUCUGCGAGAUUAAAUGUACCAGCAAGGGUGAUUUUGAACACCACAAAGCAGGGAAGAAGCACAAGAGCAACAUGGAGAAACUGGAAGAAUCAAAGAAAGAAGUCAGUGCCCCAGCUGCUACAGCGGCCCCAGCAGCAAUGGAUCCCUUGAUUGGUCCAAAGGAAAGCUCAGCAGCCGACGAAGGCAAGACUGUUGUGCAGUGUGCGUGGUGUGAAAUCUGCAAGAUUAAAUGUACCAGCAAGGGUGAUUUUGAACACCACAAAGCAGGGAAGAAGCACAAGAGUAACAUGGAGAAACUGGAAGAAUCAAAGAAAGAAGCUAAUGCCCCAGCUUUUAUGGUGGCAGCAGCAGCAGCAGCGAAGGACUUCGUGUUUGGUCCAAAAGAAAGCCCAUCAGCUAACAGGAGCAAUACUGUUGUGCAGUCUGUGUGGCGUGAAAUCUGCAUGAUUGACUGUAACAAGGAUGAGUGGGACCAACACAAUUUGAUAAAGAUGCAUAAGAACCAGGAGAAAUUAGAAGAACCAGAGAAAGAAGUCCGUGGCCCAGCAGCAAAUGAUCCCCCGAUUGGUCCAAAAGAAAGCCCAGCAGCUAACAACAGCAUGACUGUUGGCGUGCAACAGCCUAAAAAGAAUGGAGCGUCACCUUUGGGACCUAGAGAGGAUCUGGAGACACGGAGGAGGAAACUGAUAGAAGGUGGAGUGGCAGCCAAUUCAGUGAAGGUAUGCAUAACAUGCGAUGUGGUGUGUAAUAGCCAGGCGGUCUUCAUUAACCAUUUGAGAGGUCAAAAGCAUGCUAAUAUGGUGAAGAAACUGGCAGCAGCAGUUGGAACAGUGAAUCCUUCUGGUCCUGGGGGUGGCAACUGCUGCUUAGAAGAUGAACUGCCCUGAAAAAAUGGGAAAAUAUAUUAUCAUCGUCAUCAUCAUUUAGCUCUUCUUUGUUUGCUUUGGGGGAUCCUGAUUUGGCGUUAGAACUUAAUAUUUAAUAUGGGGGCUCUUGUGGUGAAAGAUCCUCAGGUCUCUCUUUCCGGAACCCCCAUGUUUUAUGUUUUUAAUGAAGCUGCAUUUUCAUUCAAAAAAAGUGCAGGUAAAUUUGAGAAACAGACAUGGGUUUGUUACAUUGUAUAAUCUGGAUGACCCAGAAAAGCUAUACAAUCUUAAUCUUCAAACCUUGCAAGACAGUAUUCUGCCAUUACUGAAA